GUUUUCAAUUGCGCAUGCGCUAUAAAAUGUAAACCAAGAAACAGAAGCGAAGUGAAAACCGGUGACAUGACAUCACCUUCUCCGGAACAGACAUCCGCUACACAGAAGGAGAAGUACGAAAUCGGAGACCGUGUGUGGGUGAAAGUGGACAGACAACCAUGGUGGCCUGCUGAGGUAGUUGAGGAUGAACAUAAUUCCAGACCAGUCAUUGUCAAGCACUUUGAAGAGGAGAAGUAUGAAAGUGUUUCUGAUCCAGUGUCCAUUUGCUUGUACAAUUGCCCAAUGAGAGAAAAGUACAAACUUGAAGGUUUAAGAUGGGGAAUGUCCAGAGAUAGAAGAGAGCUGUUUAAAGUUGCUUUGAAACUUGCUGAAAAUGGGGAUGAAAAAGAAUUAGACAGCACUUUUUCUGACCAGAUGGAGGGGUCAACAGCAAUGAGUGAAGCCAACAGCAGUCUGUCUGUUACCAUGGAUACCAAAGAAAAAUUAGAAACAGAAGCCACAGAGAAUGUCAAUGAGGAAACAAACUUUACUGACAUCUGUGUGCAGUCUGAAUGUCCACAGAACAGCACACCAAAAGUAGAAUGUGUCGGGGAGGUGACACAUCAAAAGUCACCCUUCCGUGCUUCAGAGGAGAAUUCACCUGACCCCCAGCAGCCAUCUAAUCAACUUUCACAGUUUACCUGUGGUGUCUCAGUGUGGGUCAAGUUAGUCAACACACCUUGGUGGCCAGCACGGGUGAUUGAGGUGACACAAAUAGGGAACAAGUCUGCCAUUUGUGUGGAAUUUUUCAAUGAGAAUGCCAUAGAAGAGAUCAAAGACCUAAAGAAAAUAAAAGCAUUUGACUGCCAAGAAAAAGAGAAGUUCUGUUGUAGAGGUGUGCACACUAUUCAAUCUCAAGAAAAAAAGGCUUUAUUUCGCGACGCGUAUGACAUGGCAGUGAUGAACACAUCGGGUAAAACAGUUUCAGAUGUUUGUCUCAGAAAACAAAUUUUUGGUGACCAAAACUGUUCUGGUCCAGGCAAUGACAGUCAUGAAACAGAGGAACCAUUGGUGACUCCAGUCAGAAGAAAGAGAGGAACUUCCAGGGAAGAGGGCAGUUCUGUUAAGAGGAGAAAAACACAUAAAGAUGAACUUAGCAAUGUGGAAGUUAAUGAGUCGGAUAUUUCCACCAACGAAAAAAGACUGUGUCUCUCUAGAGGUACACAAAGAAACAAAAAAUCAAAGUGUUCAGUUUCCACAAAGUUAGAGAUGCAUUGUAAGAGGACUACUAUGAAUAGAUCAGAAUCGCAGGGAAAAACACUAGGUUGUGAUCCCUCGACAGAAAAUAAGCUUCUUUGUCCGAUUAAUCAAUCCAACACCAGGAGAGGUCAAUCCAACUCGAAAUUCACUCGGAGGAAAAAUACAAAAAAGAAAACAAGGAAAAAGGGGUGCACGAAAAAGAAAAUGGAAGGAGAGAGAAAUAAAGAUCUAUGUAAAGAAAAGGACACAGUGUACAGUGAAGCCAGCUCUCCAAUACUGUACAAUGGGAACGUGGACGCGGAGAAGUAUACAGUGUGCCAUGAGACCAGCUCUCCAAUACCGUACAAUGGGAACGUGGACGCGGAGAAGUAUACAGUGUGCCAUGAGACCAGCUCUCCAAUACCGUACAAUGGGAACGUGGACGCGGAGAACUCUAGUGACACAGAAACGACCCAGUCAAACAAACCCUCCAUUGAAAUGAUACAGCAAUCAUCAUCUUUCUCUAAAGAUAUUCAAAAUGGCGAAGGAUCAACGUGUUCAGUUUCUUCAGGACUAAAGACACGUAAGCGUGGUAAGAAAAUGUCCAAUAAUUCAAAAUCAGCCAAAUCUGUCAAGAAACUCGGUGAGGGAGAAACACCAUUGUGUUGUGACUCAGUAGAAAAUGAACUCCCCAUAUUGAUUAACCAUGCUAAGUUAAAGAAAGGUCGAUCCCAAAACACAUCCUCAAAAAUCACUAGGAGAAAAAAAACAAAGAAGAAAUGGGGAGAAAAGGACAUACAAAAGGAGAUUGAUUGGGAGAGAAAGGCUGAAUACACAGAGGCCAGUUCUCCUAUACCGUACAGUGGAAACUUGGACUCGGGGCAAUGGUCAAGUCUCCAGGAUCAUUUAAAUCCAUCACAGGAUGCAGUAAACCCAUUGUCCUCAGUUUGUUCUCUGGACGGUACUGAAAAUAGACAGCCAAACAGCAACGCUAAAAUACAACAACUCAACAUCCCUACUGAGGACCGCGGCAGGGAAGAUUUUGACCCCAAUCUAGAUGUGGAUGACUGCUACAUCAGUGAAUCAGAUGGUGAGGACUUGCCAGAUGCACUUACUCCAUCCAGACAUGCUGCGAUUCAUGAGAAGGAUAUUGUUUGGGUGAAGUGGAGGAGCUGCCCUGUUUGGCCGGCUGUUGUCAGGCGACUGGAAAAGAAAAAGAAGAGGAUUGUCAAGAUUUCAUUGUUUGUUAUUGAGCCACAUCCAUGGAUCCCAAAAAAGUUGAGGAUAGGGUACAGCCAGAAGUCAAUAUUUCCAUACAACUCCAAGGACUCGGAUCUUUUCCUGGAUCAGGGAAAUAAUCUGGAGGAUGAGGGCCGGAAAAGGUUUAUGAAGGCUGUGGAUAUGGUAGAAAACUACAUGACCAAGAGGAUUCUGGGUACACUCCGGAAAGAGGACAUGGAGUUCAUGGACUGUCACGAAGGGGUAGACGAGGUGCUUGAGAGUUCUCCGCCCCCAUCACCUGUGACAGUGGGAGUGUCUCCACCCGACUCUCCAGUGUCCAAUCCCAGUGUUGACAGCAACGAGAGUGUUAUCUUGUUAGGAGCAGAAGGGCCGAAAUUUGACCCUUUAAUUGCUUCAAGAUAUGAGAAAAUUAAAGAAAGAAAUAGAAGUCUUGUUGAGUUCCUGAAGUCCAGUGAAGUGAAGCAAUAUCUCUUGGAAAUCCUUUGGGAGAAAAGGAAGAGUGAUAAACACAUGGUUUACAAACUAGGUCGCUCCAAGGAAAGGGACCGUCUCAAGAACCCAGGAUUUGGACCAAUCGCUGAUGAGGACCAGCAAGAGGAUGUCCUCUAUACAAUGAUGGAGUGGUACAGGCAGGAGACCAAGCUUUCAGACAAUGAGAUUCCUGAUGUUAGCUAUGUCAUUGAUGUUUGGAUCCCUGAGGGCAUUGUUUAUGGGUUGAUGAAGCGGAAGAAAUACACUCGCAAGAAGGCAUGGGAACAGUUUGAGAAAGGCGUGUAUAUGACAAAGAAAGAAAAGGCCGAGGUCCACAGGUCCCUGUUGGAGAGUGCCAAGCGAAUAUCGCCCGAGGAUGUCCAACGGUACGAGGCAAACAUCCAGGACAGGAUCAAUGUUAUCUGUCACCAAAGUGGACUCCAGAAUAUCACCUUAUGAUGAUCAGAACAGAGUCCAGAGCUGAUAAUUACCACUACCUUGUACAUGCAGUCUGUGACUGUGGAGAAUUCCACAGAACAUUGUCACAACAAAUUAGGCCUGUAUGUUGCUUAUUGUGUUGCAUUUAAUCAAGCAGGCAUAUCAUGAACACAUGUACAGAUAAUCAAAGAUCUACAAAUUGAAGUACAUUCAGAAUAUUAGGUGUUUUAAGGUCUACAUGUACUUAUAAAGAUUGUUUUCUCAUUGACAUUAGGAAUAAAUUUACUGAUAGGUUUUAAUAAUCAUGUUAAACACUUAACAAAUUGUUCAGUCAGAUAGUUCAUAUCUUCACUAAACCACCAAUCAUAGCUAGUCAUUUGGUUUGUUGUAAUAUAUAUAUAUAUAUAUAUAUAUAUAUAUACUAUAAUAUAAUUAUAUAUCUGUUUGUUUUUUUAUAAAGAAAAUUAGACAGUGUUAUAUUUGUGAUGAUUUGUACAUUUGUAAUUACUUAACAAUUGCAGAAGCUCAAAUAAGUUACUUAAAUUAUUUCAAAGAAAAUUAUUUAUCAUUAAUUAUAUCCUGUAGAAGUGAUUGCGAGUUACUGUAUAUGCAGUCGGAUUUCAGACUCGUGCUAGAAAUAAUGACUCUGAAGCAAGUACAUAUGUACAGGAGAUGUUGGAACUACACUGUGAUUUGAAGAUCCUCUGCAUCAUACAGCAAAACUUGGAAAAGAGCACUUCCCUUUACCACAACAAUAGCAUACUUGGACACAUGCACUUAAAUCUGUUUAUCCUUAAACAAUGAACCCACUUGCUUUUUUUGGUGUAAUUCAGAUCAUCCUCAAACAUGCUUAUCUUGUGUGUUUCCGUUUUCAUAUCUUGAAUGACACAUUAUUAUUAUUUUUAAUUUCUAAUGAUGUGAAUAAUUGGAUUUUGAUUGUGUCUCACUACUUUGAAAUCUUUCGCUAAAAUGCUCAAUUUGAGCAGUGUUCAUCAGCUUACUUCCGAGUCUUUUUACUAGGAUGUGAUGAAAAAGGACAAGAUGACCCGAAUGAUGACAUAUGGUGUAACCACAGGCAAUUGCAUCACUUGGGGUCGAAUUUACUAUACUUUUUGUAUAGUAAAUUCGACCCCAAGCGAUGCAAUUGCCUGUGGGUGUAACAGUCUACAGCAGAUAUUUAUAUUUCUAAACAAUGUUUUGUCAGUGAUCAACUAAUGCUGCUUCAAUGCACAGUAAAACAUGCUUAUAAUGAACACCUUUAUAACAAAGUCACGUUUAUUGCGCAGUGAUAUUUAUUCCCUUACGAAAGGAAAAUAACAACAAAAUAAUCGGAUGUAAUGAAGUUUGGUUACAAUGAAUUGUGUGUGCUGCCCCUGGAGGUUCAUUAUAACCGUGUUUUACUGUAUAAUGAAGUUUGGUUAUAAUGAACUGUUUUUCACUGGCCCUGGAGGUUCAUUGUAACCAUGUUUUACUGUAUAAUGAAGUUUGGUUACAAUGAAUUGUGUGUGCUGCCCCUGGAGGUUCAUUAUAACCAUGUUUUACUGUAUUUUGUGUCUCCAUUAAAGUAUUGACUUAAAAAAUCCAUUGAUACAUCUCUAAAAGAAUAAAAUGUUCAAUAACAAAAUAUGAAAUAUAAAGAACCACUGUUUGGGUUGUUUAUAUUGUUACAGUUACGGUAUACACUCAGAUUAAACCCACACAUCUGUUGUACCCCCAUAAUACAUGUACAAACAGUCCAGAUGAUUAUUCCUUUAACGAGUGAUUUUUGAUGUGAUAAAUGAAACUUAAUCUGUGAUUUGGACCUCGGAAAAUGAAUCUGAUUGUAUGGGCAUUGAAUAUAAGUGAGAAUUUGUAAAGAGUAGCACAUGAAUGACAAGAAGAUUCAAAUUAUUGUAAAUAGACAUGAUUUUGUUGAUAUGCAUGAAUGACAAGAAUAUUCAAAUUAUUGUAAAUAUAUAUGAUAUUCUUUAUAUAAAUUCUUUUUAAUAGUUCAUUUAUUUUUUAUUUAUACCCCACACAACGAGUUAUGGAGGGUAUAAUGCUUUUGACCCAUCAGUCUGUCAGUCAGUCCCUUUCUUGUCAGAGACCGCCCAACAGAAUUUCAUGAAACUUGGUAGUUAAUAUAAGGACAUGCUGUGUAGAUGUGCAUAUUCCCAGAAAAAUUCUGAUUCAAUAACUUAUAUAUUCAAUAAUUUAUAUAUUCAAUAAGUUAUAUAUUCAAUAAUUUAUAUAUUCAAUAAGUUAUGCUGAGUCUGUCUGUCCUGUUGUGUUAGUGCAACUCCUCUGAGAUUGCUCAACAGAAUUUUAAGAAAUAAGGACACUCUGUGUAGAUGUGCAUGUUCCCAGGAAAUUCUAAUUUAUUAAUUUUUUUGAGAGUUCUGCCCACUUUGAAUGUUUUUGAACAACUUAUGUCAAACGGGUUUCACACAGAGUUCCUGAAAACUUUAUUUUUCCGUCGGAUCUUUGGACUGAUGACGCUGGGAUCUUAUCAGCCCGAAUAAUGUUUUAUCAGCCGGAACAAUUUCGUGGAAUUUUAACAAAUUACAUAAAAUUUAACAAUGGAUGAAUAGAAAUAUAAUCAAAUUCAAUUCCAUUGAAUUUUUCUUUGAAAUUAAAAUUGUUUUAAAUACCUUUUUCAAAUUGAAAACCCCUGUUCCAAACUCUCAACAUGCUGCCAUUCAAAUAAACAUUAAAAUGUAGAGGUAAACAUAUAAAAGAUUACUAAAAAUUGAUGUCGUGAAUGAAUUUUGAACUUAAAAACGAAAAUUUUACUGAAUUUUUCAUACUUAUUGUAUACUUUUUGUACAUCUAGAAUAAAUGAUUGUGUUGUGUUUUUCCUGAGCUUAUUGUGACUUCUGACUUGUUUACAUGUACCAAUUAAACACUGAGAGGAAUUUAAUGAAAUCUCUUUAAAAAUCCUGUUAUCAAUUUUUAAUCAAUUAAAGGUAUCCAGGUACAUGUAUGAAUAAUGUUUUUUAACGUGAUUUUCAUCCGAUUGUCCGUCAGUAAUGUAUAGCAUUACCAUUCAUUAUGUGAGGCAUUCUCAAGCAAUGUUGGAGCGUGGGGUAUCUGAGCUUGCUCACCUUUUCUUUCAUUUAAUAUGUAUACGUAUUUUGUUUUAUGCUAGAAUUUGAAAUAAAUGAAUGUCAAAUUGGAA